UGCGAAUUGCGAAAAGCUGCGGUGGGAUGCAAUUUGCGGCGACAUACAAGGAGAAGGAAGAGUUCAACCAGUACUGGUACUCUUCCGCGACUAUCGAGUACCUGGCGAAAGAGAUCCUACGAAGCAACCCCAAGUGCGUCGCGUUUCUCUCCACGCCGUCGCUGUACUACGCGUGCGAAGAAUUGCAAAAGGACGCGACAUUCGCGGCCACUUCAACGCCCACGUUUGUCCUCUUUGACUUGGACGCCGCGUUGCCGCGUGUGGUGCCGUACGAUUUCAACGACCCCACGUCGUUCCCCGGGCACGCGGCGACGGAAUUUGAGCACGCGUUCGACUUUGUAGUGAUCGACCCGCCGUUCAUCACUGAGCAAGUGUGGACCAAGUAUGCUGAAUCGGCGCGGCAUCUCUUGGUACCUCAAGGAAAGCUCCUCUUGACCACCAUUGGUACUAUCUACAUCCAUUAUUCCUCUCCUCCAUGGACGUCCUUUCUAAUCUUGACGCAUGCAGCGGAAAACCACGUGUUUCUCGAUCGCCUAUUGAGCUGUACCCUCCGGCGGUAUCAGCCCAGCAUCCCCCAUUUAGUAUACCAGUACGGCACGUACGCCAACUACGAGUCGGUCGCGUUGGACCAGCUCAACCCUGAAAUCCCUCUAGAGUAACCACAUCUCAGGCGAAAGUACGGCAUGAGAACCUGAACCGUGAUCUAUUCCUUCACAAGACUCAAAAGUCCAUUGGGAUUAUAUGCCCGGCAAUGGCAAAAAACUAUUUUUACAGACAAUUCCUAGGAAUUGUUUACAGUAAAUCUCGUCGCAAUAUAAUUGUCAAUUAUUGAUAUUAUAAUUCCAC